AUGGCUAUGGCAAUGCAAAAGAGAGCUAACGUGCGAUUGCCACCUGAAGUAAAUCGCAUAUUAUACGUUAGAAACCUUCCAUAUAAAAUUACUGGAGAAGAAAUGUAUGAUAUUUUUGGUAAAUAUGGAGCUAUACGACAAAUACGAGUAGGUAACACUCCGGAUACAAGGGGAACUGCUUUUGUCGUUUAUGAAGAUAUAUUUGAUGCUAAAAAUGCUUGUGAUCAUCUUUCAGGAUUUAAUGUUUGUAAUAGAUAUUUAGUAGUAUUAUAUUAUCAGGCUAACAAAGCAUUCAAGAGAUUAGAUGUUGAUAAGAAAAAAGAAGAAUUAGAAAAAGUUAAAACAAAAUAUAAUAUAUCUAGUGAAGAUUUAAAAAAAUAA